CCAGGAAGAAUAAAAAUGCGGCAUGGGGGACAGGCAGAGCCUCAUAAGGACUCAAAGCAGCUGCGGUCUGCCGUCGACCUGCUCACAGCCUCGAGCCUCAUCAUUUUCAACACCACGCAGCUUCCCACUUUACUCCAAAAUCCAACUCCCUUUCUCUUUUUCUUUCUGUAAAGAAAUUCACCCCCAACGGGAAACAGAGGCCAGAAAGAAUCUCCGGUUGCUUUGCUGUUGGGAGCUUUUCCCAAAUUGGCCUUCAAAAAGACAUUCAUUACUUUGGAUUCUCGUAAUUCGAGAGAGUUUCUGCUGUAUAUAAGUCUCGAGAACCAACCCAAUCCAAUCCAAUUCAUCCCCAUCUCUCUCCUUGGGCGUUCAAUCUUCGAGACUUGUUUCUUUUUCUUUCUUUCUCGCUCGCGUCUUCUUUCGUUUUGGCUUUCUUCCUGCUCUCUUGUCCCUCUCCCCACAUCUGCUAAAAGCAAAGCAAAGGUGAGAGGUAAAGAAGGGGGACCAACUCAAAAGUCUAGCUUUUUAGAAACCCAUUUUUUUUUUUUGCCUUGUGAACAAGCGAUUUGAGAUGAAAAACAGUGCCAUCGUGUGGUCUCCUUGUCAGCGUUGGAGACCGAGAUCUUUCGCUCCUCUCAAUACCUGCCUGCCUUCUUCUUCUUGUUCCUCCUCCGCCUUUCACUAAACCAGAGACCUGCCUUCAUUAGCAGCAACGUGUCUGAGAAAUCAUAAGUCCUGAACGCCUCCUGCUCUUCCUCCUGUUAUUUGGUGGUAUUGCUCUUUUGUAGUUCCCAUCCGUCUUUGUCUUCGAAUUUAAUUGGCAUAGCAGUGGUGAGGAAGCACAUGCUCGUUUGCCGCCACCAUGAUCACCGCAGCAGACUUCUACCACGUGAUGACCGCGAUGGUGCCGCUUUACGUGGCCAUGAUACUCGCCUACGGCUCCGUGAAAUGGUGGAAGAUCUUCACCCCCGACCAGUGCUCCGGGAUCAACCGCUUCGUGGCCCUCUUCGCCGUGCCGCUCCUCUCCUUUCAUUUCAUCUCCACCAAUGACCCCUACACAAUGAACCUCCGCUUCAUCAUCGCGGACACGCUGCAGAAGCUCAUCGUGCUUGGGCUGCUGGCCGUUUGGGCCAACGUUAGCCGGAGGGGAUGCUUGGAAUGGACCAUCACCCUCUUCUCCCUCUCGACGCUCCCCAACACCCUAGUGAUGGGCAUUCCUUUGCUGAAGGGCAUGUACGGCGAGUUCUCGGGCUCGCUCAUGGUUCAGAUCGUCGUCCUGCAAUGCAUCAUCUGGUACACCCUGAUGCUCUUCAUGUUCGAGUACAGAGGCGCGCGGAUGCUGAUCACGGAACAAUUUCCGGGCACCGCCGGCUCCAUCGUGUCGUUCAAGGUGGACUCCGACGUCAUGUCGCUGGACGGGCGGGAGCCGCUCCAGACGGAGGCGGAGGUCGGGGAGGACGGGAAGCUGCACGUCACGGUGCGCAAGUCGACGUCGUCGAGAUCGGAAAUCUUCUCGCGGCAUCAGGGCCUUACUCCUCGUCCUUCGAACCUCACCAACGCGGAGAUCUACUCGCUGCAAUCCUCGCGCAACCCGACGCCGAGGGGCUCCAGCUUCAACCAUACUGAUUUCUAUUCCAUGGUCACCGGCGCCAGCGGCCGCAGCCCGCGCCACUCGAGCUUCGGCCCCGGCGACGGCUUCCCCAAGGGGCAGACUCCUCGGCCUUCUAACUACGACGAAGAUUCUCACCAUUACCAUCACCAUCCUGGUUCUCUUCCUCCCCCGCCUUCUAGGGGGCGGUUUGCUACUGGUGCCGUGCAGUAUCCGGCCCCGAACACCGGGAUGUUUUCCCCCAAACCGCAGCAGCCUUCAGGACCUCCGGCGGUACUGUUAGGGAAGGCCAACAGUGGGGCGUUUCAGACGACGCAGAGCGACGAGCCUGGCAAGGACCUCCAUAUGUUCGUGUGGAGCUCGAGCGCUUCACCGGUAUCCGAGGCGGGGCUUCAUCAUGUCUUUGGCGGUCAAUCAGAGUAUGGGAACGAUCAGAAUGUGAAGGAGGUGAAGAUGAACAGUGCUGCGGCCAAAGGGGAGAUGAAUUGGGAGGAUUACCAGAGAGAGGGGUUUACCUUCGGGAACGCUGGGGUGCUGCAAGGGGACGAGAGGGAGGGGCAGUGCGUGAAGGUGGAGAUGGAGUCCGAUGCCAGAGAGGGCAAGCCCACUUCCAUGCCUCCGGCCAGCGUGAUGACGAGGCUCAUCCUCAUCAUGGUGUGGAGGAAGCUUAUCAGGAACCCCAACACUUACUCGAGUCUCGUCGGCCUUACUUGGUCCCUCGUUUCGUUCAAGUGGAAUGUGGCCAUGCCAGCCAUCAUUGCGAAGUCCAUCUCUAUCCUUUCAGAUGCUGGUCUUGGAAUGGCUAUGUUUAGCUUGGGGCUGUUCAUGGCAUUGCAACCGAGGAUCAUAGCGUGCGGAAACACAAUCGCGGCCUUUUCCAUGGCCGUGAGAUUCCUUGCGGGUCCGGCCGUGAUGGCUGCUGCUUCCAUUGCUGUUGGAUUGCGUGGUGUCCUCCUUCACGUCGCCAUUGUGCAGGCAGCACUGCCGCAGGGCAUUGUCCCCUUCGUCUUCGCCAAGGAGUACAACGUACAUCCUGAUAUACUCAGCACUGGAGUGAUUUUUGGAAUGCUGAUAGCUCUGCCCAUCACGCUCGUGUACUACAUUCUAAUGGGCCUAUAAGUAGAGACUCUUGCAAGUAAUGAGAUUUCAGUUCUCCCCCGUUUCUGCGUACUGCUCGAAGACCAUUCACCAAACGAACACUUGUUCUCGUGACAAACAGUGGCAGAAGCAGGGAGAUAGAGGGAACAAUCUUUUCUUUCUGAGCAUUUUUCGUUGUUAUUUGGUUGGGGGGGGGGGAGGGGAAUGAACGAUGGGUGUCCUGCUGACCAGUGUACUUGAACGAAAGAACUUCUUGUGAUUGAUGUGGAAGUUCUCUUAGCUUAAGAAUCAUGUCUGUAAAUCAAACAACCGUUCUUUUUAUAAAUUCAGCAGCAAGUCAAUUCCUAGAAUA